ACCAUCACGUGACUUAAACAACGCCUCUUAAAAGGAGGAUAAGUCUCGAGCGAAGAGUUGAACCUUCUCCUAUAAAGUCAAUGAGUUUAACCAUAGUAUUAUUUUGUUGUAACGAGGACGCGGAGAGUCGUGGACGUGGACGAGGGGACGCGCAUUGUGCACGCGAUGCUUCUGUUCCUAUCCCUGCUGAUCUUCUGUGUGCCACCAGGGGGCGACACCUCACCAAUCACCUGCUACAACGACCAAGGAGAUGCUGUUGAUUGGUACUACCUGUACAAGCUGCCUAAAGGACCUGGAGGAACAUCUCCCCAUCGGGGUGAGCUGUACCUACUGCUGGAAAAGGGGAGUGAAGGAUGGACGAAUGGGACGGGGACGGUGAACGACACCACGGGGGCUCUGGGCCGCACAGUCGGACAACUGUACUCACAAGGACAGAACCCAGAGGUGGCGUACAUCCUUUACAAUGACGAGAAGCCAACGGAGGACUUUGGUGGCCGAAGGGUUGGCGCCAGUGGAGGAAGGGGGGGGCACACCAAAGGCGUUGUCCUGCUGGAUAAAAAUCAGGGCUUCUGGUUGGUCCACAGCGUGCCUCACUUCCCCCCGAGGCGACAGGAAGGACAGUUUUACUACCCCGACAGCGGCGUGAACAACGGGCAGAACUUCAUCUGCGUUACCUACCCGCUCGACCGCUUCCAGGCCAUCGGAGAGCAGCUCCAGAUCAAUCAGCCUAAUGUGUACGACUGCGACGUCCCGGAGUCCCUGGCGUCCCUGGCGCCCGCCCUGGCUGCUGUCUGUGCGAAGAAACAUCUGCCUGCUCGCAUCGUUGCGAGUGUGAAGACCGUAUCCAACCGCAGCGUGACUCUGACCUCCAAGGGCGGCGCCGAGUUCGUCAGCUUCGCCAAAGGGGCGUCUUUUGACCACGACCUGUACCACUCCUGGGUGGCCCCCAGCCUCCGGUCGGACCUCCUGGUCCAGUUCUGGAUCCGCUCCACGGGCAUCCUCCCCUCCGACUGCUCGCUGGGCUGGAAGGUCCUGGACAUCAAGCUCAUCAACCCGGGGCAGACGUUCCCCUUCAAGGCCAGCCAGGACCACUCCAAGUGGGCGGUCAGCCCCGAGGCGGCCGGGUCCGGGGGAGGCUGGGUGUGCGUGGGAGACAUAAACCGGAACAAGGCGGAGGAGAGGCGAGGCGGCGGCACGGUGUGUCUGCAGGACCCGGUGGUGUGGAAGGCUUACCGCACGGCGGCGCUGCAGUGCGAGGCUUGUGAAGGAGGAACCAUCCAGUGUUGACGCCCUGCUGGAGCCCGAUGGGUGGAGGAGACGCUCGGGUCACAUCCGGCAUGUGGGGCUUUUAAGCAAUGUGAUUUUUAUUUUAAUGUCUGAUUGAAUCUAUUUGAAAUCUGACGCUUUUUUUUUGUCGUUAUGGUUUUCAUGUGUGUCUUUAUCUGCACACGUGACACACGUGCACAUUAAAUUAAGACUAAAAGUAGAAGACAAACUUCUAUAGACUUUAUUUAUGACCUGUUUAGCUCUGAAAAACUCAAAUGUUCCUCAACCUUGAUCUGUGUGUGGAAGUAUGUGACAUCACCAAGCCCCGCCCAUUUCAAACCAGUGCAAAGAGCGCAGAGAAAAGAAAUGCAGAGAGUUAAAAUAACUAGAACUGAUCCAACGGGCAGAAAAUAGUCUGUUCACGUGGGCUGAUUAAGGAAAUAUGUUUUCCUUUGGGGGCCUUUAAGGCACAAAAAACAUUUACAAGCGAUUAUGGGCUGCCAUUAAGGGCUGCUGCACCCUCCUCUUCAAACAAUUAGUCAAAUCUGACAGGAAGCAGAGGGCUUUCUGGGAAAUAUGGUGUUUGUUUUAAAAGCGCUGGGUAUUCUUUGCUGCCUCGCUGUCUGUUUUUAAAGUAUGGACCCAGUCGAGGGGGAAUGCUGCCCCCGAUCUGGUCACAUCCUCCACAUUGAACCUUUAGGGUCAGCAUUGAGGUGCUCGUCGGUACGUUGCUGUUUGCAAAUGUGUGAAAUGUUUAUUUUAUGGAUUUUAAUUGCACUGUAUGUAACGUGUAGCACGCAUUUCAUAAUUAAACUACAGGCAGUGACGACA